AUGUGUCCGCAACGGACCAAACUCAAAACUAAAAAUAGGCGACGUGAUAUGGACCAGGUGAAUUAUCUACUCUUUAUGCAUUGAGAAAUAGAUUUACGCGGAUAAGCUUCCCAAUAAUAUCGAUAAGCGCAUCGCAGAGGCCACGCAGCCGGAUGAAGACAAGCCCGCUCUUGGACAGUAUUUUUGCUUGACAUGCGAUCUGUAUUUCUGUAACGCAUCGGCCCUCUCUGACCACCAAAGACGCAAGCCACAUAAACGGCGACUGAAAGCCCUCCAGGAAGAACCACAUACGCAGGUCAUUCAAGCCGUUCUAUUCGUUUUUCAUCUUUUUGUAUGCUUUCCUUAUUUGACUCGUGAUCAUUUGCCUUUCACACGCUGAAUGUGAAAUUGCCGGGAACUGAAUGUCUGUCCGGACAGACAUUCUGUCUGUCUGGCUAGUGCGAACAGUUAUAUCUUAAAAGUGCGAAUGUCAUAUUAAUCUAACUUAAUUCAGUUUAGUCGAAUCUUAUUUCUUAUAACAUGAUCUGGUCUAGGCUAACUUACUCCGAUCGAAGUCCAUUUAAACUAACCUCCCUCGACCUAACCAAGUUUCGUGCUAUGUGGUCCAACGUAAUUUGAUCUAGUGUAACCUAGUUAGGUCUCAUUUAGUUUCACGAAAUCCAGUAUAACCUAAUUAAGUCUACUCAAAUCUAGUUUGAUCUGUUCUCAUCCAAUCUAAUCUCAUUUGGUUUAGCCUACUUUAUUUUAAUUUCUCCCAGCCCUAUGUAGUGUAUUCUAUUCCCGUAUAGUCUAAUUUGAUCAAAUCUAAUGCUUAUUUAGUCCCACCGUCAGCGUGAAUUCCGGUUUACUUCGCCAAACGUUAACUCUCGCUGUGGCGUUGCAGUGUACAAAUUUCACUCCACACCCACCCUUUGCACGCCAUAUUUGCAUCAGUUUAUAACCUACCACUUACCUUAUUCAUCUCCGCCGUGCUCCAGUGAACGGGUGUUCGAAUAAGUUUUUUCAUAAAAAUCAUCAACUCCAUACGUCAUUCACCCAUCUGUGAAAGACUCGGAGCCUCGGUGGGAUUCGAACCCCCGACAGCAAUAAGAGGCUUGAGUACAGCCAACGCUCUAGCCAACUCAGCUACGAGGCCCCCCCCCCCCCGGGAGGCGCGAGUUUAAUCACAUUUUGGGUCAAGUUACCCGCCCAGCCUACUGGAACGUCUGGAAUCCACCAAAUCUGAUACACUAAGCUGACUGUCCAAGCAGGAUUUCCUAAGUAGUUCACCUAGAAUCAACGUGAAUUAUUCAGAAUCUGCCAAAACAUCUAUUAACUUCGUACAUGUCUUCGAGGAAUGUUUAUCGUAAGUACACAAGCUUUUUUGCAUACUAUUAGUUCUUUACCACAGUGAUUGUAACCUCGCAGUCAAUGUCUCUGGGUCACGUAUACACUUUAGUGCUGAGAAGGUUUUUUCGCUUCCCAUCGGUCGCAGUUUUUACUUGUUUCUUUUAUUGCCCAUACUGUGCUUUAUCGUCCUCGCUCAAUUUACCCCUUUUAUGUGUCAAGAAUUAAAUGUUCAUUUUUUACAAAACAAGCAUUUCUUUAGGAUCUACCCCUUGCUAUUUCCACUUUGUCGUUUUUCAGGAGGACGCCGACUGGGCGGCGGGUGUCUUCCCAACCAAACGAUUUCGAGUACAAAACGACCCUUCAAAUCCAGAAAAGUUGCCUUCUCCAAAAGCUUCAUUGGAGCCCAGCUAUGUGGCUGUGGACUAA